GAAGAAAGUGUUUUUCCACAGUUGCAGUGACUGCAAGAGUAGAGAGCUUGGGAGAUUCAUGGCUUCAAGACCAGGAUUGCUCACAGAGUGGCCAUGGCAGAAGCUUGGAAACUUCAAGUACCUGGUUAUAGCUCCAUGGGUGGCGCAUAGUUUCUACUUGCUUGCAACGAAGGAUCUGAAGGAUAUCUCCAUAGUUUAUUCUUUGGUCUUCCCUUCACUUCUGCUAAGAAUGCUACACAAUCAGAUAUGGAUCAGCAUCUCUCGCUUCAAAACUGCAACAAGUCCUCAUCGGAUUGUUGACAAAAGUAUAGAUUUUGAGCAAGUUGAUCGUGAGAGGAACUGGGAUGAUCAGAUACUUUUCAAUGGGAUUCUCUUUUAUGUGGGCUUUCAUCUGAUCACUGCUGCUAAACAAAUUUCUUUAUGGAACUUCAACGGCUUCAUUAUAACCAUUUUAUUGCAUGCUGGACCUGUUGAGUUCUUAUACUAUUGGUUUCAUCGGGCACUGCAUCAUCAUUUUCUAUACUCCCGCUACCAUUCUCACCACCAUGCCUCUAUUGUCACCGAACCAAUCACUUCUGUUAUUCAUCCAUUUGCAGAGCACAUCGUCUACUUUAUGUUAUUUGCUAUCCCAAUUCUGGCCACAGUCUAUACUAGAACGGCUUCGAUGGCACAAUUAGUAGGAUAUAUUUUCUACAUUGACUUUAUGAACAAUAUGGGACAUUGCAACUUUGAAUUGGUUCCAAAGUGGCUAUUCUCAGCCUUUCCACCAUUGAAAUACCUCAUGUACACUCCCUCGUUUCAUUCACUCCAUCAUACACAAUUUCGGACUAACUACUCCUUAUUCAUGCCAUUUUAUGACUAUUUGUACAACACAUUUGAUAAAUCAUCAGAUGAACUUUAUGAAAAUUCAUUGAAAGGAAAGAAAGAGAUAAUAGAUGUUGUUCACCUUACACAUCCAACCACCUUGCAAUCAAUAUAUCAUCUAAGGCUAGGGAUUGCAUCUCUGGCUUCUAAACCAUACAAGUCCAAGUGGCAUGACUUGAUGAUGUGGCCGAUCGCGUGGGUGUCUAUGGUACUCACAUGGUUUUACAAUUCUUCCUUUGUUGUCGAAAGAAAUAAGUUGAAGGAUAUCAAAAUGCAAACAUGGGUCAUACCAAGAUACAAAUUCCAAUAUGGCUUAUCAUGGGAGAAAGAAGCUAUAAAUGAUUUGAUUGAAAAGACCAUUUUAGAGGCUGAUGCCAAGGGAGUUAAGGUUUUGAGUUUAGGAUUGCUCAACCAGUCAAAAGAGCUAAAUGAAAGUGGUGAGCUUUACCUUCAAAAGUAUCCAAAGUUGAAACUAAGAAUUGUGGAUGGGAGUAGCUUGGCAGCUGCUGUGAUUCUUAAUAGCAUUCCCAAAGGUACCAAACAAAUUUUAUUGAUAGGUAACAUAUCAAAAGUUGCUCGCACAGUGGUCCAAUGCCUCUGCAACAAAGGUGUAAAGGUUGUAAUGGCAAACAAACAUGACUAUUAUAUGCAUGAGCCAUUCUUGCUAGGAAAUACAAAAGAAAACCUUAUGCUUUCAAACAAUUAUAUGCCUCAGGUUUGGUUGGUCGGAGAUGGUAUGGAUGAUGCAGAACAAAGGAAGGCACAAAUUGGAACAACCUUCAUUCCAUUUUCACAUUUUCCACCAAAAAAAGUUAGAAAAGAUUGCAUUUAUUACAACACUCCAGCCAUGAAAAUUCCAAAUGAAUUACAAAACAUGCACUCUUGCGAGAAUUGGCUGCCAAGGAGAGUAAUUAGUGCAUGGCGUAUCGCUGGAAUAAUUCAUGGAUUAGAGGGAUACGAUGAACAUGAAUGUGGUGAGACUGUGCUUCAAGUGGAGGAGAUUUGGACGGCAGCACGUCGACAUGGUUUCCUUCCACUGCUUCCUGAGCAAUGAGUUAUGGAGUCUAAGAAGAAUAAGUGAUAUAAAUAUAAGUAAUAUUGUUACUAAUUAUAUGCUAGUUAGUAAGAGGUAAGAAGGGAAGUAUGUUAAUAUUCUAUGGCAAUGAAGACGACCAUAAGUGUUUAUGAUGAUAAAUUAUUUUAUUGAAAAUGUGUGCUAGAAGAUGCAUGUAUAAGAUGCCUUUAUUACAUUUUGAACCUUUUCUUAUAU